GUUGGCGGAAGAGCGUGGCGUGUGACGUCACGAGCGUAGCUCGCGUGCGCGAAUAUGGCGGUUCCUGCGACGACGAACGACUCCGAGAAAAGUGCUAAAAGUUAUGAAGUAAAAUAAAGACAUGACGGGAAUCAACAUUUAAAGUCUGCGGAAGAAUCCAGCGGAUGUUCGGUGAGGAAACGAUCCCGACAGAGACACGUACAGACUGCGCGGAGAGAGUUUGCAGUCGCCUCAGAGACACGCGGAAGUGACGAGACUUUAACAAACUCCAGCUAAACACUGAUCAAAGUCACUCAAACGGAGAGAUACUUCAGGAUUAAAGUGUCUGAGGGGGAGUUCAGACAACCAGUAAACACUAUUUCACACCGACUGUUAAACCUGAUUUGUGUUUAACUACCCCAACUUUCAUCUAAAGUUGUUUUUCUCGAGGAACAACGUUAUUUACGUCAGUGACGUCGAUUAUUUACUCAUUUACAGAUGUGUAAGAAGAACCUUUGACUGACACUAACAGUCACUACCAAAGAUACGCUUGUUUUUCUUUUAUUAAACCGUGAGACCUUUCAAGUGAUUAAUAAUAAUGAUUGACUACAGUUUAAUGCACAGCAUGAUAUUAAUCAUAAUUAUCGACAUGAUGAUGAUGAUGUGCCCGGAGCUCGUGACGUCACCGUGAUUGACAGCUCCGGUUUGAGCUCGCGCUGGAGAGAUCUCAUGCACUGACUCUGAUUCUGAAGAUGGAUGUGUCUGUUCUUCACCUCACAGUGCACUGAGAACACACACUGCUCUUUCACUUCUGUGUACUUUAAGCUUUCAAAGCUGUGAUCUGAAGACAGCCGUCCAGCCGUCGAUGCAUGACCCUCACAGAAGAGCAGACCGGACCGUGGUCAGUAACGUCCCGUGAGCUCUUAUGGGGCAGCAGCCUGGGAAGCUAGUUGGGGACCAGAGGAGACCGAGUCUGCCGGCGCUGCCCUUCAUCAAGGGAGCAGGGAGAAGAGAGACGUCUAGACAGGGAGCGCAGCACUGCAAUGUGUUCACCGUCCAUGAAGCGCUCCAGCGGCCGGAUUUCGAGGCCGGUCUGUCCGAGGCGGCGCGCUGGAACUCCAAAGAGAAUCUGCUGGCGGGACCCAGCGAAAACGACCCCAAUCUGUUUGUAGCGCUGUAUGACUUCGUCGCGAGCGGAGAUAACACUCUCAGCAUCACCAAAGGAGAGAAGCUGAGGGUUCUGGGAUACAAUCACAAUGGCGAGUGGUGCGAGGCGCAGACCAAGAACGGCCAGGGCUGGGUUCCCAGUAACUACAUCACACCGGUCAACAGCCUGGAGAAGCACAGCUGGUACCACGGACCUGUGUCCCGAAACGCUGCGGAGUACCUGCUGAGCAGCGGCAUCAACGGCAGCUUCCUGGUGCGUGAGAGCGAGAGCAGCCCGGGUCAAAGGUCAAUCUCACUUCGCUACGAGGGACGAGUCUACCACUACCGCAUCAACACGGCCUCCGACGGCAAGCUGUAUGUUUCGUCCGAGAGCCGCUUCAACACACUAGCAGAGCUGGUCCACCAUCACUCCACGGUGUCCGACGGUCUGAUCACCACGCUGCAUUACCCAGCGCCCAAACGCAACAAGCCCACCAUCUACGGCGUCUCGCCCAACUACGACAAAUGGGAGAUGGAGCGCACGGACAUCACCAUGAAACACAAGCUGGGAGGAGGACAGUAUGGAGAGGUGUACGAGGGAGUCUGGAAGAAAUACAGCCUGACCGUGGCCGUCAAAACCCUGAAGGAGGACACAAUGGAAGUGGAGGAGUUUUUAAAAGAAGCUGCGGUCAUGAAAGAGAUCAAACACCCGAACCUGGUGCAGCUGUUAGGUGUCUGCACACGUGAACCUCCGUUUUACAUCAUCACUGAGUUCAUGACCCACGGAAACCUGCUGGAUUACCUGCGAGAGUGUAAUCACGAGGAGGUCAACGCUGUGGUGCUGCUCCACAUGGCCACGCAGAUCUCCUCCGCCAUGGAAUAUCUGGAGAAGAAGAACUUCAUCCACAGGGAUCUGGCUGCCCGUAACUGCUUAGUUGGGGAAAACCACUUGGUUAAAGUGGCAGAUUUUGGACUGAGUCGCCUGAUGACUGAAGAAACCUACAUAGCACAUGUAGGAGCCAAGUUUCCCAUUAAAUGGACCGCCCCGGAGAGCCUGGCCUAUAACAAAUUCUCCAUCAAGUCGGACGUGUGGGCGUUUGGAGUCCUGCUUUGGGAAAUCGCCACCUAUGGGAUGUCUCCGUAUCCUGGAAUCGACUUGUCCCAAGUGUACGAGCUGCUAGAGAAAGAUUACCGCAUGGACCGACCCGAGGGAUGCCCAGAGAAAGUCUAUGAGCUCAUGAGGGCCUGCUGGAGGUGGAUCCCUGCGGAGCGGCCUUCUUUUGCUGAAACCCACCAGGCGUUUGAGACCAUGUUUCAAGAGUCCAGUAUCUCCGACGAGGUGGAGAAAGAGUUGGGCAAAAAGAGUAAGAAGCUCACACUCGGUCCGAUUCAGCAGGCUCCAGAACUUCCCACAAAGACGAGGACAUUGCGAAGACAUGCGGACAGCAGGGAUGGAGACAUUCCGGACGCGGCAGACGCUGAAGGAACCGGGCUCCCCAUGCUCCCGAGGCCUGUCCUUGAUAGCAACUUAAACGAAGACGAUCGCCUCCUAGCCAAAGAUAAAGAUAAACUGAACGGAUUCAUUCGGAAUUUAAUCAAGAAGAAGAAGAGAACGGCUCCAGCUCCCCCUAAACGCAGCAGCUCCUUCGGGAAGAUGGAUGGGCAUCUGGAUCGUAGAGGACUGGCUUCCGACUGCAGAGAGGAAUUUAACAACGGCGUUCCCACUAACGACGGCAUCGACUCUUCUAAAUUGGUCGGCUCCAACUGUACAACGGUUGUCGGAGUCACCAAUGGAGGCCUGGUGUAUCCUGGUCAGCUCUUUCCAUCUCAUUCACGGAAAAAGGGCAUGACUUCGGCCGGCGGAGGGAAGCUUGCCACAGAAGAAGACCCCAUGUCAAACUCCAAGCGCUUCUUGAGGUCUUCUUCCGCCUCUAGCACGCCUCCAGGCUCCGAGCGCACCGAGUGGAAGUCUGUAACCUUGCCCCGUGAUAUCCAGUCGUCUCACUUCGACUCGGGAACCUUCGGAGGAAAGCCAGCGCUGCCUCGCAAGAAAACUGAUUGUGUGUCCCGUGGUGGCACCCUUACUCCACCACCACGCCUUCCCAAGAAAACCGACUCGGAUGCACCGGACGAAGUGUUUAAGGACUCGGAGUCUAGUCCUGGAUCGAGUCCUUUGACUCUGACACCGAAGCUCAGCCGUCGGACAGAAAGCUCCAAAACGAGUGCCUUGCAAGCAGAGCUGUUCAAACCCAGCGUGGGAGACGAAUCCAGAUCUCGAAGGCUCAAGAACUCUUCCGAAGUCCCUGGACAAAGAGACCGGGAGAAGGGGAAGUUCGUCAAACCCAAACCAGCUCCUCCUCUGCCUCCGGUCUCGAGCUGCAAAUCUGGAAAGACUUCGAGGAGUCCCACUUUUGACGUUUCUGCGGACACUAAAGUCAAAGGCUCGUCUGAACACAGCCCUCCAAGUCCCGGAUCCGGAGAACAAGGCAAAGGCGUGAGCUUUUCCCAAGAUAGUGCUAAGAAAGUGCCAAAAAACACCUCAAAAGUGCAGCCGCCAAAGCCGACUUCUGUAUCCCCAAGCGGUCAGCUGCCAGGGAUGGGAACGGGAUCAGCCGUCGGAGAUCCGGGAUCCAGCUUCAUUCCCCUCAUGACGACUCGCCGCUCGCUGAGGAAGACACGGCAGCCGUCGGAGCGGAUCUCUAACUCCUGCAUCACUCUCGAGAUGAUCCUGGAGAGCAGCGAGCUCCUGCGAGCCGCCAUCGGACGUGUUUCGGAGCAGACCGGCACCCAUAGUGCUGUGCUGGAAGCCGGCAAGAAUCUGUCCAAGUAUUGCGCCAGCUACGUGGAGUCCAUCCAGCAGAUGCGCAACAAGUUUGCGUUCCGCGAAGCCAUCAAUAAGCUGGAGAGCAGCCUGCGCGAGCUGCAGAUCUGCCCCGCUGCCACCGGGGGAGCCAACACGCCUCCAGACUUCUCCAAGCUGCUGUCCUCCGUCAGAGAGAUCAGUGACAUCGUCCAGAGGUAGCAGAGAAGAGCAUGGGUGCCACCGCCAUCUUCUGUGUGUCUGGGGCUGCUCUGGUCAUGUGACCCACCUCAGCUCUUCUCAAGCCAAAGAGAGGAACGUUUCGGAGCGGUUCAGUGUCUUCUUACUGAGCUCGAGUGCAGGGGAACCGUUCCUCGAGAGUCUGCUUGGACAUCAUGAGCCCAGGAUCAAGUCUUUCUCUCUAAUCCAGAAAAGGCUUGUUUUCUAGUCUAAAUGUCUACAGAUUCUAGAGUUAAGAUGCUUACUUGACCGUAAAAUGACUCGAGAUUUGAAGAGUUCUUAUGCAGAAAUGUUUUUAAUCAUUUUCAAAAAUCACUUUUUUUUUCAUGUUCAUUGUGCAUUCCUGUUAGUGUCAAACUGCAUUUGGGUUAUUUUGACUAGGUUAAAAACCAGCUAACUAACACAAAAAAUCAAAAACAUGAUCUCUUAAAAAUAAAAAGGUUUUUGUAAAUAAACUUUACAUUAUUUCUUGUUUUCUGAAAAAAAAAAAUUGUUUUUGCUUUAUAACAAGAUCUACCACUGGGGUGUGAAAAAUAAUGCUGUUUAGCCUUUGAAUUCAGAUUAUUUUUCUUAUACCAUUGGAGAUAUUUUUGAUUGUUUCAAGCAAAUAAAUCAUAAUUUUGAUAGUUAUUUUCAGAAAACAAGAUAAAAUAAGUCUUGACAAAAUAAGACAAAAUCUUAAAUCAUUUAACUUAAGUAAAUACAUCCCGAUUAAAGAUAUUUUUUGAUAUUUAUUCCAGAAAACAGCAAAAAUACUAAGGAAGAAAAUAUAUAUAUAUCUUUGCAGUGGCUUCUCUGCAUUUUCUCAAGUAUUUGUUGAAAACAGCAUUAUUUCAUGACUGACAGAAAAACACCUCAUGUGCCUCACUCUUCGGGAUCAGAAUAUAUUUUUGAACUACAUUCACGAUCGUAAUAUUGAUAAAGACUGUUUAGUGUAGGUUUCUUCAUGUGUUUGGUCAAGAAAGCUGUCCCUGUGAUGUGAGGAACUUCAGUUUGUAAUCGACUCGUCUGUCGUGUAUUGUGUGAUUGUGACCGUGACGUUUCACCGAUGAUGUGCUCGUAAACUCAUCUUUCCAGACUCCUCAAGGGUUCUGACACGAUCACUACAUAAACACCUUUCUGGAAACACACCGUUGCCUUAAAGAGACUCGCUGAUGAUGGACCCGGAUGGGUGAUGAAACACUACAGUCUCGAGCAGAAGAGAGAUGCGCUGCAUUUCCAAGGUUUUCCCCACACCACUGACGGAAGUGCUCCGGGAUCACUGUGAACAGAGCUGCUUUAUCCUCAUGAUUCUCGUCCUGAUUCGUUCCAGUCUGUUGUGCUUGUGUAGUUGGGAGAAUGCAGGUGUUUCAGUAUUAGUUUGUCUCUUCUGAUGCCUGAGAUCGAGGCCGAACACAAGCUGCCCGUGAUGACCUUUCAUGCUUUCUCUUAUCUCUUGAAAUCAUGCCACUAUUUUUUAAUGUGUAUUCAAGCCUCACACUUUUAUAGAUUAAUUGCUUGUCUUUGUAAAUACACGUCACAUAUUUUCACUCGAUUCUUUCUGUAAACCUUGGUGCAAUUUGUUGCAAAAAUACAAAGCAGUUUUUCUACUUGAA